UUUCCGCACCCCAUGAAAAAAAAUUCUGGGUCCACCACUGCAUUCGAUUGUGAAAUGAAGGCUGAUAGUGUUUCUGUUUUGACUUCAGGAUCAUGGUUAAUCUUCCCACAUUGAAUAAUGGUUGAAAUCUAAGAAUACCUCAGGAGGUAUUCUCACUCUCUUGUCGGUUGUUUGUUUUCGCACAUAUUCCGUUGGGUUCAAGGUUAUCAGUGGAGGCUAAGAAUCAUUGGGUUUCUGCAAAUGGGGAUUUCACAAUUGUUUGGGCAUAAGUGAGCUCACAAGACGGAAAUUGGUUAUUUUCGACUCCACAAGGGGGUUUUUGUUUGGGCAAGAAAGACCACCAAUUCAUCUGUUGAUUCGUGUGUAAGGGGAGGGUGUGGAAAUGAUGGGGUUAAGAAAGGGAAGGUGAAAUAACCCUCAUGCCCUUCUACCAUUAACGGUAGAAAGAGACGUGUUAGUGAGCAGGGGUGGGGUGUUAAAUUGACGCAUAACUUAAGGUUGCAAAGUAUCAGUUGAUGUAAACCGCAAGGACGUAAACUGCUGAAGAAGGUAUUUUGGUUCAGGCAGGCAGGGUGUACCACAAAAUUAGUGGAUUGUAUUGUAUCAUCAAGUCAAGUGGUGUUUGUUUUGGUGGUCCGAUGGAUGAUCCAGUAAACGCAGUGUUGUUCAUGGGGAUGUCACUGGUGUUGGGAGUGGCUUCCAGGCAUUUACUUAGAGGAACCAGGGUCCCUUACACCGCCGCUCUCCUCGUUAUUGGCAUCGCCAUGGGCUCAUUAGCAGAAUACGGAACUGGCCACCGGUUAGGAAAAGUUGGUGAUGGAAUUCGGAUCUGGGCAAAUAUUGAUCCUGAUCUUCUAUUAGCUGUUUUUCUUCCUCCUCUUCUUUUUGAAAGUUCUUUUUCAAUGGAUGUGCAUCACAUCAAGAAAUGCAUGGCACAAAUGGUUCUUCUUGCUGGGCCCGGCGUUCUAAUUUCCACUUUCUUUCUUGGCUCAGCUUUGAAGGUUUGCUUUUCUUCCUUAGGAUAUCAUUUCCCGUUAUUUAAUUGCAUCCCAAAAAAACGCAGCUUUUUUUUCCGUAUAACUGGAGCUGGAAGACCUCAUUGCUUCUUGGAGGACUUCUAGGCGCUACUGAUCCUGUUGCAGUAAUUGCUUUUCUAAAAGAGCUUGGUGCAAGCAAAAAACUAACUACUCUUAUUGAAGGAGAAUCAUUAAUGAAUGACGGGGUGUCAAUUGUCAUCUAUAUGCUUUUCUUCCGGAUGGUAACCGGUUCAAGCUUCAGCUGGGGGACAGUAUUCAAGUUCUUAGCUACUACGUCUCUUGGAGCUGUAGCAUUGGGAAUGGCAUUUGGUCUGGGGUCUUACAUGUGGCUUGGAUUUAUUUUGGAUGAUACAGUUAUACAAAUUACAUUAACUCUUGCUGUGAGCUACCUUGCCUACUUUAUGGCUCAAGAAGGUGCAGCAGAUGUUUCAGGAGUCUUAACAGUAAUGACGUUGGGAAUGUUUUAUGCUUCAGUUGCUAGAACUGCUUUCAAAGGUGAAAGGCAACAGAACUUGCAUCAUUUCUGGGAAAUGGUGGCGUAUAUUGCUAAUACACUUAUCUUCAUCUUGAGCGGAGUAGUUAUAGCUGAAGGUGUCCUUAGGAGUGACAACAUCCUUACACACCAAGAAAAUGCUUGGGGGUACCUCAUCCUCCUCUACUUUUUGGUACAGUUGUCACGGGUUGUAGUGGUUGGAUCCUUGUAUCCAUUUCUGUGUUAUUUUGGUUAUGGAUUAGAUUGGAAAGAAGCUAUUGUUCUUGUAUGGUCUGGUUUACGAGGUGCUGUUGCAUUAUCUCUUUCUCUCUCAGUUAAGCAAUCGAGUGACACCUCAGCAUACAUCAAUCAUGAAACAGGAAUUUUGUUUGUGUUCUUCACAGGCGGGAUCGUGUUUUUAACGCUUAUUGUAAAUGGAUCAACUACUCAGUUUGUUUUGCAGAUGCUAGAAAUGGAUAAGUUGUCAAUAGCUAAGAGGCGCAUACUACAUUACACCAAGCGUCAAAUGAUGACAAAAGCACAAGAGGUAUUUGGUGAUGAUGAGGAAUUGGGAGCUGCUGCUGAUUGGCCGACUAUCAACAAAUACUUUACAUGCUUGAAUAACACAGAUGAAGAACAUAUUGUGGAGCAGAUACAUUUGUCUGAUAUGCGUAUUCUGCUUUUAAACGGUGUGCAAGCUGCUUAUCGGGGAAUGCUUGUUGACGGAAGGAUUAACGAAUCUGCAGCGAACAUUUUAAUGCAAUCUGUGGAUGGAGCACUUGACUUUGGACCACUGAGUGAUUGGAAUGGGUUGAAAGCAAAUCUUCAUUUCCCUAAUUAUUAUAAGUUUCUGCAAACAAGCUGGUUUCCCCAGAAACUUGUCACCUACUUUACAGUUAAAAGGUUGGAAUUUGCAUGCAACAUAUCUGCUGCCUUUCUCCGUGCCCAUAGGAUUGCACGUCAGCAACUGCAUUCAUUCAUGGGUGACAAUGAAAUUGCUUUGGCAAUCAUUAAUGAGAGCGUGAAAGAAGAAGAAGAUGCCGAAAAAUUCCUGGAAGAUGCGCGUCUUACGUUUCCAGAGGUUUUGCAUGUUGUGAAAACAAGGCAAGUGGGGUGUUCGGUGCUUCAUCGUCUGUUUGAAUACGUUCAAGAACUCGAGACGGUUGGAUUAUUGGGGAAGACGGAACUCGUUCAUCUUAACGAUGCUGUCCAGAAUGACUUGAAGAAUCUUUUGCGAAAUCUUCCUUUGGUUAAAAUCCCAAGAGCACAUGAUUUGAUUAGUUCCAAUCCUUUGUUGGGAUCUCUUCCCUCAGCUGUGCGCAAACAAAUUGUGGGCCAUACCAAGGAGGCGAUGAAACUACAUGGCGUGCCACUUUAUUUGGAGGGAUCGAAACCAAAUGGCAUUUGGCUGAUUUCUAAAGGUGUGGUCAAGUGGAGGAAUAGCAAGAGGAAGCUCUCUUUCAAUCCAACAUUUGCAAAUGGAAGUACUUUGGGCUUGUAUGAGGUGCUGAUUGGAAAGCCUUACAUAUGUGACAUUAUUACUGAUUCUGUUGUACAUUGUUUCUUCAUUGAAGCUGAAAAGAUGCUGUCGGCGCUUGGAACCGAUCAUGCAGUUUUGUGGCAGGAAAGCUCAAUCAUACUCUCAAAACUUUUGAUUCCUCAAAUGUUUGAGAAAAUGAGCAUGCAAGAAGCAAGGACUUUUGUGGCAGAGAGUUCAACUAUGAGCACAUAUAUAGCAGGAGAAGCUUUUCAACUAACUGACAAUUCAAUUGGUUUAUUAUUAGACGGGUUCCUCAAAACCCUGGGCUCGUUAGAACCUAUUACCGCACCGGCUGCAUUAUUACCUUCAAAUGGUAAGCAGUUGUCCUAUUUGGUUGAGACAAGGGCAAGGGUGAUGCUGUUCAAUAGUUGAUGGGAGGGCAUGGUCAUUGGUCUACCCUUACAUCUUCAUAUUAUGUUCCGCCUCUCGUAUCACAAUAUGUCAUUGUAGAUAUGCAGGUUGUGUUGUAUUUUUAUAAUUAUUAUUCAGUCUACUUAUAACUCCCACUUAAUACGAAUAUGUAUUUUGUAAAUCUUUAUUGACGAUAUGCUUGUGAGUAUUGUUAAACAAGAUAAGAUUGGCGAUGAGUAUUGUUUCAAA